CGUCCAGUCACGACGGGACCACAUUUUCCGAAGAGCUUUUAUGGGCGCCUUGAGCAGCUCGUGCUACGUCGGCCGCGCAGACGUCGCGCCCAUGUACCUGCACCCGAAGCGCCGCCUCCAGUCAUUCAAUGGCGCGGCGCGGCGAACAUGGGAGAGCGCCCAAGGCUGCUGCGUGGUGCAAUGGAAGCGCGACACCCAUGCCGAUCCCGCAGGCGACUGUGACGAACUCUACAGCGAUGGUAUGCUGCCCGCCAUCCGCAUCAUCCGAAAGCUCCCCACGUGCUCGUGCAUCUUGUCGACGGGCCUUCCGCGCAAGAUCAUCCAUCAAGCUAGCCUUAUACGCACGUCGUCGUCCAAAUCCCAUGUGGCUGUGGCCAAGCGCAGCCGCAAUGUGGUGCGCUGGGACUAGGCUGACGACCGUAUUUAUGCCGCAUUGUUCGUCGCGCAGUCCAGUGAUAAUGUUUGAUGUGCGUCUUGUGUAAUGCUCACGUGACGACGU